AGCUAAGCUAGAUUCCUAAAAGUUAAUUAAAAUAUCUCAUCAUGAUUCUAAUCCUUGUUUUGUUUCUAGUCCUUUUUACUCUAAGUUUGAUCUGCAUGAGCGAUGAUGUACGGAAUACCGUGUUAUCAUCAGGAAGAAGAGGUAAAAAGCAUCCUCCGGGACCUCUACCAUGGCCGAUCAUUGGAAACCUCCAUCUACUAGGGAAGCAGCCCCACCAAUCCCUAGCAAAGCUCGCAAAAACUUAUGGUCCCCUUAUGAGUAUAAAGCUCGGGCAGGUAACCACGGUGGUGAUAUCUUCCUCAAACACCGCAAAACUAAUCCUCAAGAACCACGACGUGGAAUUCUGCGGGCGAUCAGUUCCGGAUGCCAUCCAUGCGCGAGAUCAUUCGCAGUAUUCAGUGGUAUGGCUGCCGGUGGGAAGCCGCUGGAGAAGUCUUCGUAGGAUACUAAACUCUUACAUCUUCUCAGCUAAUCGGCUCGACGCCAACCACGGCGUAAGAUCCAGAAAGGUGGAGGAACUGAUGGACUACUGCGAAAGGAGUCGCCAACGCGGGGAAGCAAUAGAUAUUGGCCAAGCUGCCUUCCGGACUUCCCUCAACUUGCUGUCCACCAUCUUGUUUUCCGAGGAUUUGACCGACCCUUUCACGGAUUCGGCUAAAGAGAUGAAAAACGUGAUAUGGGAUGUCAUGGUGGAAGCCAGUAGGCCUAACGUGGUCGAUUUCUUCCCCGCCCUCAAGAAGAUUGAUCCGCAGGGUAUGCGGGGUCGUAUGAGUGAUCAUUUCGGCAAGAUCUUUGACAUGUUCAAAGGUCUCAUCAGUGCAAGGUUAAGAGAGGAAUCGGGUGGAAGAGACGAUGUGCUGGAUAACCUGCUGACUCUGGGUAAAGAAUCUCCAGAGGAGAUGGACAGAAAUUUAAUCGAGCAUGUCUUCUUGGACCUUUUUGUUGCUGGGACGGAUACGACUUCAAAUACAUUAGAGUGGGCAAUGUCGGAGAUGAUAAAAAAUCCGAGCAUCUUAAAGAAAGUCCAAUCAGAACUUGCCAAAACCAUUGGAAGAGGGAAGCAAGUUGAGGAAUCUGAUUUGACUAACUUGCCUUACUUGCAAUGCAUAGUCAAAGAAACCUUAAGGUUACAUCCACCGGUUCCGUUGUUGAUCCACAAAGUGGAAUCCGGCGCCGUCGGGGAUCAGGUUGAGGUGUUUGGGUACAAUGUCGCCGUAGGAUCGCGAGCUUUAGUGAAUGUUUGGGCCAUUGGUCGGGAUGAAAUGAUUUGGGGAGAGGACGCUUUGGUGUUUAAGCCUGAAAGGUUCGGGGAAUCUCAAGUAGAUUUGCGCGGUCAAGAUUUCGAGCUCAUCCCUUUCGGUGCGGGUCGAAGGAUUUGUCCCGGAAUGUCAUUGGUACUAAGGACGUUACCCCUUGUGCUUGGUUCGCUUCUCAAUAUGUUUGACUGGAAACUUGAGGGCGACAAUAAACCUGAAGACUUGAACAUGGAGGAGAAGUUUGGUAUUACCUUACAGAGAGCUUAUCCUUUACGGCUCAUCCCCACUUGCUCCUAAUAUUCAUCACAUAAUCAAAUGUAUCCUUUUUUUUUUUCCUAUUUUUUUUAUAAAAAAACUCCUCUGGUC